CUCUCUCAGGCCAAACCCAUCCCUACCGCCACAAAGCUCUUACCACCGACAGCGAUGAAGAAACUUAUUGUAUAAUGGCUAAAAUCAUAUCGUGCAGCUUAGCGACUGUGCAGCUAGGGAAUUCCAGGUUCACGAAACGAGAAGAGAGACCAGCCCUCAGCACCUGGAGAUGUGAACUCACAGCACUUUCUCAAGUGUACAAUCUCUACUUCGUUGCCUACAGCGAAUAUAUCUAUGUCUACCAGCCAAACUUUCCUGAUCAACACUUGGCGGACGAGCCAGACCUAAUUCUACAUCCGCCAGUAUCAAGUCCGAAUCUCGAACCUGGGAUUGACCCGCUAUGUCCUCAUUCAAUCACUCGAAUCCUUAUCGAUUUCCUCGGAAAUGAAGAGAUAGUUCUAGUAACCUGCGAUGACGGCGACGUGAUCGGCUACAGCGUUCCACAAAUCCAGCAAGCCGUCGAGAAGCGCGCCGAAGGUCGAUGCAGUGAACAGGAACCAGUCGGAGACGAGAUCCGGGUCUUCUUGCAUCGGAAUGUUGAGGGCAGUGCCUGGGGUUUGGCAGUCCACCGGGAGGCCCGCAUGAUAGCGAUCAGUGCGAAUACAAAGGUUGUCACUGUGCUUGCAUUUGCACUUGCAAGCCCUGAAGAAUCCGACUCCUACUUAGAUUCUUAUAUGCCGAAUGGGCCGGACGCCUCAGACUUUCCUUACCCUCGACAGCAAGAUCACAUUUUUACGUUGCCUGCAGAACACAACAUUCCUUCUGUCUCAUUCGACAAUAGCGGAGCCGACUCCACUGGGAGGUGGCUGCUCAGCGCUGUCGUAUCUGGCCAAGUCCACUUGUGGGACCUCCACAACCCCGACGCACCAGCUCGAACAAUACAGACAGGAUUCUGUGCGGGGGUCCAUAAUCCAAAAGAAGCCCCAGCUGUAUGCACCUGCGCUGACGCCGGAGCGCUUCCCCACGCAGCAUGGAAUGCCAUGUUUGUAGAUACUAGGUCGUGCCGGAAAACCUACUCCAUCCGCGACGCACUUGGAUCCAAUCCAUUGCAGUACACACCCUGUAUUUGGGUAUCCAAAGCAAGUCUAGAGAUUGACUGGAAAAAUGGACUUUUAGCCGAGGAUUCAAAAAUUGACUUCGAGCCUAUUACCCCUCAUUUCGAUAGCGACGAUGAAGGAAAUGGCAACGGCCACGAAAGUGAGAAUGAGAGUGAUAAAGACGAAGAUCAGGAGAUACAAGAGGCUUGGGAAGCUUUCGUAGAACCCGGAAAUACACUGGAUGAUGGGAGUGCGUCUGAAAGCGAGUCGGAAGACGUGGAUCACGAAAUACCAGACGCUGCAGAGGAUGUCGGAGAGCCUGGGGAGGACGAAGAUAUUUUCGCGAGUGGCCUAGAAGCUGAGGUUCAGGAGGCACCACAGGCCGCCGAAGGUGUUUCUAGCCUCCAACAGGACGAAGCUAUCUCUGAGAGCGGAUCGGAAGAGGAAGGGGAGUCUCAAACCGAACAGCAGCUCAGUGUCUCGGGACUUGGAUUCCAACAAAUGGUCGAGGCAACACUCCGACAGCCAACCACGGUCAAAAGGUCAUAUUUCAAAUUGAAAACAGAGCCAGGUCCACGGCAACCAGCACCAAAAUGUCCGAUAAUCAUUAUCACCAAGGAAGACGUUUAUCUCGUUCAGCUCUUCAAACCCCCUAACAGGAGCAUCAUGUAUGACCGCCGAAACGAUCCUGUCAUCGCCGCUCGCAAUCCGCUCUUCGUCAACAAUGGUGACCCAUAUACCCAGAAGCAGUGUGACCGCCUUUGCUUCGCAGCACAAAUCCCCGAACUGGGCAUUUUCAUCGUCGGCUCGCCACUCGGUCGCGUCGCCAUUUUCCGUCUCACGCAAUUUCAAACCCAGCACGAGGGCCGCCAAGAUACUGUGUAUGGAUUCAGACAAGAAUACCUGAUACCCGCGACGAACAGAUUGGGUCAUGUUGAGGCGACGCAUAACCAGCUUGGCAGGCUGGUGGGUAUGGCCGUGAGUCCCGUGCAGGGUAUGUUGGACUUGCCAGCCGAAGAGGUCGAGGAAGAAAAGGAAAACCCAAAGCUUAGCGCAGAGCAGAGGACGUCAACCGCUGGUGGUAGGAGGUGGCGGCUCAUGCUUCAUUAUUCGAGCCACACUGUGCUGACGUAUGAUAUUGGGAAGUUCCAGGAAGAGGAAGAGACUAGUCUGGGAGCCCUUGUGGUUUGAAGGGAAACAGGGGCAAAGUGGGCAAAACGAAAGCAUUGGGUAAUUGGACUUGACUUGGACUGCGGCGCAUGCUUCUGGAUCUGGAGCUGGACUAAAGCUUGGGUUUAGCGCACAGAUUGGGUGACUUCUGGGAGAGUGUUCAUUUCCCUUCGUUGGACGCUGUAGGUGGGCAUGGCAUUGCAUGGUAAUUGGACUUCUUUCAUUUGCAUCACGGUAGCAGUAUACCCUCUUUUAGCGCGAGGGAGCAUAGCAGGAAGUAUUGGGGGACACCACGCAAUUUGAACUCGUUGUUAGCGCCUUUUUGGCUCGGUCGGGAGAAUCCGGGUAUCCCACAACCAAUUAUGAGGAUGU